AUGGCUGUCCACAGACAACAUAUGCGACGCCGACGUCGGCAAAUGUUAGACGAGGUUAGAAUUUCAAGAAGAGUCAUCCGAGACAGGUUAAAUCCGCUAGAAGAGUAUUCAGAUGAUGAAAUUUUUGACAGAUAUAGGUUCCGUCCCGCAACCAUUCAGUACAUUUUGGACUCUAUUGCCCCAUCAAUUGUACACAACACUGCCAAGAACUGUGCCUUACCACCCACUCUACAGCUACUUACUUGCCUUAGGUUUCUGGCAACGGGGGCAUACCACAGACUGGUAGGGGACAGCAUUGGAGUAUCAGAGACAACAACCGGAAGAUGUUGCCGUUCUGUUACAGAUUCCAUAAUUACUAAUCUGUUGAAAAACUCCAUCACUUUUCCAACGGGUAAUUGCGCCAGGGAAAUAAAACAACAAUUUCUGGCAGUAGCAGGAUUCCCCAAUGUUCUGGGAUGCGUUGACGGAACUUUUAUAAGAAUCAUUGCUCCUAGCGAGAAUGAGCCAGAUUACGUCAACCGUAAAGGAUUCCAUUCAUUGAAUGUACAGGCCGUGUGCGAUGCCAAAUAUAAGAUUACAAGUAUUUGCGCAAAAUGGCCCGGUAGCGUGCACGAUAGUCGGAUAUGGCGGGAGUCGGCUAUGUGUCAGCAGUUUGAGAAUGGCGUUCAUAGUGGAUUUCUUUUGGGAGAUUCUGGUUAUCCUUGUAAAAGGUACCUAAUGACACCUUUUCUAAACCAGUCCACUGCCCACCAGCAAAGGUUUAAUACAUCCCUCUGUAAAACUAGGGUAAUGGUGGAACAGACAUUUGGAAUUCUGAAACGCAGAUUUUCUUGUCUUCAAGGAGUGCUUAGAACAGAUCCAAAUCAAGCAACAAAAUAUGGCAUUGCCUGUGCAAUCUUGCACAAUAUUGGUAUAGACAGGGGUGACGUCGUAGAUUCUACGCAAGAUCUAGAUAAAGUACAACUUCGCGGUGGAAACGGGAACAUCAUCGUAGCUGGUGAUGGUGUCAACAUCAGAAACCACAUCGUGGAUACGUAUUUUACGUAA